AUGAGAACCCGACAAACACCCCGAACGCCCGUGCGAGAAACCGCCUCCCUGCCGGACAUGGACUCGCUGUCGCUCAAGGACGACUGUGCACGAGCCAAGCGGUUCUGCGACUUUAUGGACACCUCUCCCACCACCUACCACGCGGUCCACUACCUGUCCAAGGACCUGGAAAACGCCGGGUUCCGUCCUCUCAACGAGCGGGACUCGUGGGAAGACGAGUUCCACACCCACGACAAGUUCUACGUGACCCGAAACGGCUCCUCCAUCAUUGCGUUCGUGGUCGGUAAGGACUGGACCCCCGGCAAUGGAGCCGGAGUCGUUGGCACCCACAUUGACGCUCUGUGUGCCAAGGUCAAACCUAUCUCUAAGAAAACCCCCGUCGACGGCUACACUCUCCUCGGAGCCGCGCCCUACUCCGGCGCCUUUUCCGACACCUGGUGGGACCGUGACUUGGGUAUCGCCGGCCGAAUUAUCUGCCGAGACGGCAACAACAAGGUAACCUCCAAGCUGGUCCACGUGCCCUACCCAAUUGCUCGAAUCCCCACCUUGGCCCCUCAUUUUGGCGCUCCCGCCAACCCUCCCUUCAACAAGGAGACCCAGAUGACCCCCGUCAUUGGCCUCACCUCCUCCAAGGAGAUCUCCGAGCCCACCGAGGAUGAGAAGCUGUCGCCCUUGGUCGGCAAGCACUCCAUCGAUCUGCUGCGAACUCUGUCCAAGCACUCCGGCGUCGCCGUCAAGGAUAUGCUGCAAAUGGACAUGGAGCUGUUCGACACCCAGAAGGCUGCUCUCGGAGGUCUCAACCAGGACUUCAUCUUCUGCCCCCGAAUCGACGACAAGGUGUGUACUUACACCGCCGUGCAGGGCUUCAUUGAGUCUGUUCCCGACAUGGACCCUCGAGCUCUCAACAUUGUUGUGUGCUUCGACAACGAGGAGGUCGGAUCCAACACCCGACAGGGAGCCCAGGGAGGUCUGCUUGAGUCUGUCGUCGAGCGAGUCAUCUCCCACGGCAUGGACGCGUCCGUCGCCAACCUCGCCGAGGAGUAUAAGCGAAAGACAUACGCCAACUCUUUCUUCUGCUCCGCCGACGUUAACCACGCUGUCAACCCCAACUUCUCCAACAUCUACCUCGAGCACCACAAGCCCCAGCUCAACUACGGCAUGACUCUGGCCGUGGAUCCCAACGCCCACAUGACCACGGAUGCCGUGUCUCUGGGCUUCAUUGAGGAGGUUGCUCGACGCGGAAAGAACAAGACCCAGUACUUCCAGAUUCGAAACGACUCUCGAUCUGGAGGAACCAUUGGUCCCUACAUUUCUUCCUCCACCGGCAUGCGAUCCAUCGAUCUUGGUAUUGCACAGCUCUCCAUGCACUCCAUUCGGGCCACUAUCGGUUCCAAGGACGUUGCUCUCGGUACCAAGUUCUUCAAGAACUUUUACGAGCUGUGGUUCGGUGUCGACGAGGAGUUCAACAAGGGAGGCAUCUAA